AUGUUACGGCUUAUCACCAAAUAUGCGGUAGCUGUUGCUGCGCUGAGCAGUCUCAGUAUUGCCAGCCCAGCUCGAUUGCCCCGUGCUGUUGAUGUCGACGCGUUCAUAGCCGCUCAAAGGCCGAUUGCUCUCCAAGGCACUCUGAAUAACAUUGGGCCCAACGGUUCCUUGGUCGAAGGAGCCUCCGCAGGCUAUGUCGUCGCAAGUCCUUCCAAGGUCAACCCGAAUUACUUCUAUACUUGGUCGAGAGACUCCGCUCUAACUCUGAAGGCGCUAGUCGAUGAGUUCAUCUUAGGAGAGACAAGUCUUCAGCAAUAUAUUGAGGAUUACGUGCAUGCCCAGGCUGUCCUUCAAACAGUCUCUAACCCAUCCGGCACUUUCCUUCCUUCCGGCAAAGGCCUCGGGGAACCUAAGUACAAUGUGGACGGCACACGGUUCAAUGGGAAUUGGGGCAGGCCACAACGAGAUGGGCCUGCUCUUCGUGCGAUUGCGCUCAUUACCUACAGUAACUGGUUAAUUGCCAAUGGCCAGACGAGCAAGGCAAAGACUGUAAUCUGGCCUAUCAUCUCGAACGACCUGUCUUAUGUUGGACAGUACUGGAACUCAACCGGUUUCGACUUGUGGGAAGAAGUCUCUGGUUCCAGCUUCUUCACAACACAAGCUCAGUACCGCGCUCUCGUAGAAGGUAACACUCUAGCAGCAGAACUGGGUGUGGAGUGUACAGGGUGUGACCAAGCACCUCAAGUAGUCUGUUUCCUGCAGAGCUACUGGAACGGCGGAUAUUUUGUGGCAAACAUCAACACGAACACUAUCAGAACUGGAAAGGAUGCCAACACCAUGUUGGGGUCAAUCUCGAUUUUUGACGUGAAUGCCAGUUGCGAUAGCCCAAGUAUCCAGCCAUGCAACAGUCGUGGCCUGUCCAGCUUCAAGGCAUUCGUGGACUCGUUUCGCAACGCUUCACUGUAUCCCAUCAACGCGGAUAUCCCUAUAGAUUCUGGAAUUGCCCUGGGCCGGUACACUGAGGAUGUCUACUACGAAGGCAACCCUUGGUAUCUGAUCACCGCAGGAGCUGCAGAAUAUCUUUACGAUGCAAUUGCGCAGUGGAAGACGCAGGAAGCACUCACCAUUGACGACACAUCCCUAGCCUUCUUCCAAGACAUAUAUCCGGCUGCUAGGACAAAGACCUAUAGCUCCAAUGAUACGUGCGCAGAGUUCUCGCACAUAAUUGAUGCUGUCCAUAAUUACGCCGACUCAUUCGUAGCCGUGGUUGAGCAGUACACUCCUGCCAACGGCUCGCUGUCCGAGCAGUUCAAUAAGACCGCUCCUGGGAACCCACUGUCGGCCUAUGAUUUGACCUGGUCUUAUGCCGCAUUUGUGACCAUGGCAGAAAGACGAGCGGGCCAAUACCCGCCGAGCUGGGAGCCGUCUACUGCCGUCACUCUUCCCGCUCAGUGCGCUGCUUCUUCGGCCAAAGGCUCCUACGUCCCAGCAUUUGCAGCAGGAGCUCCUAAUGUGACGGCAUCGUGCACCUCGUACGUCCAAUUUGCGGUCAAUGCGUCCACCUAUUUCGGCGAGAACAUCUACCUCGUGGGCAACACUACAGACCUUGGGUCAUGGGAUGUCAACAACGCACAGCCAUUGCUAGCAUCGAACUAUACAUCGGAGCGCCCUCUGUGGUACGCCGCUAUCGCCUUGACUGCCGGAGAGACUAUCGACUACGGCUAUGCUCGGCAGGAAGACUGCGACCAGCCCUGGAUCUUCGAGACCGUUAACAGGACUCUGGUCGUACCUGCCUGCGAUGAGACUGAUGUCGAAGCUAUCCGAGCUGAGACCAACGAUGCUUGGACUGGGCCGGCAGGUAGUAGUGGAGGCUGUUAG